UCCCCGCCCUCUGCGCGGGAGCGCGAGGCGCCGCUCAGCGAAGAGCGGUGCAGUUCGCCUGGCUGGGUUGCUCCGCACAGAGCUGCAGACCUCAGACCCGAGCCGCUCGCCGCCGGAGACUUCGCCAUGACCACGCUGCUCGCCACUGCUGUCGGAGCAGUUGUGGCCCUGGGCGCUGCGCCCUUGGUCCUGACCUCCGUGGGCUUCACCGCGACCGGGAUCGCAGCUUCCUCCAUCGCCGCCAAGAUGAUGUCCGCGGCCGCCAUCGCCAACGGGGGCGGGGUGGCGGCAGGCGGCGUGGUGGCCACCCUGCAGUCCAUCGGGGCAGCUGGACUCUCCGCAUCUUCCAACGUGGUCCUGGGCUCUGUCGGGGCCGCUGUGGGGGCCUUGUUGGGGAAUUCCACUGGAUUCUAAGCUUGAAGAGGUCCAUCCAGGAGAAAAACGCAUCCUGAGUUGAACAAAACCCUUACUCAGAUCAGAGAAAAAUGAGGAAUAAAGGCCUUGAGCCCAUA